UUAGCUGUGACAACAGUAGCAACCUCUGUGGUCAGCGGAAGUAAAUGUGGUGUUUGUAGCUUAUUUUGACAUUUACUGUUAGGUAUAUGGACUACUUUCCGUAGCACCGUUAACCGAGUAUAUUGUUGUAUAUCACUAGUUUUUAAAACAACGAUAAUGUGAAGCGACUAGUCAAGUCCAACAAGCGUGCUGGGAAUUUAAACCCGAUGGAAACGUUAUUGUAUAAUCACUAUGCUUUCCUUAAAGUGAAACCCAAGUUGUAAUACCGUUCUAACGCCAGACAGAUUUGCAAACCGUACCUUAUCCUGGAGGUGAAAAUUUGCAUGUGAGCCGAAGGGAGGAGGCGCAUUCACUGAUAUUCAUUCAAAGUCGUGUUGACAGUGAUGUGAAACUAAUGCUGCACUUCCUCUGCGAAUUUUUGUUUACCAAUAAUAUAGUGCACUGUUGCUUCUCGUGUGCUUGUGAAACAAUGACUCGAUACAAAAUGUAAAUAUGCAUAAUAAAGCUUUUUUGUUUGGAUUCGUAUAUUCCUUAAGGGGCUGUUUAGUUUCUGGUGCCUCAACUGGUGAAUGCACUGACUUACACGGAAGAAUUAUUGCUCCGGGCCUUCAUUACGUUCCCGGUCCAGAUUCAUGCACAUUAUGCAUUUGCGACAGUGGAAGCCCAAAGUGGUGUAAGGCAGUUCUUUGUUCGCCGCCACAGGAUUGCAAAUCCUUUCGGCUGGGCAAUUCGUGCUGCGAGUUUAUCUGCCUUGAUACACUUGAAACACUCCAGAAGCCUUCAGGAGAUUCAAACCAUGAGAGCACGACUGACUUGGGCCUCCGGCUGAUAGCAUAUGCCAUCACAGUGGUGCUGUUCUUGUCCCUCUUUUUCUUCCUUGUGCACCGAUUUAGGCAGCGCAAACUCAGAGGGCGACAGAAUAGACAGCUGAGUGAAGAUGAACGCAGCUUAGGCAGUAUUGGAUAUAUUGCAGGAAGCCUUGCUUAUUUGCCAGGCAGUGUAGGCAGUUACCUUGGAUCAGCGGCAGCAGCAGAUCCCCAUCAUCACCACCACCACCAUUUGGAAUUCCGAUAUGGAAAUGAAGAAAAUGGUGCUCAUUAUCCACUGUGGAAACCACCUGGGUCUUCCUCAAGUAAUGGUGCUGGUUAUUUUCCCCGUGGUGAAGCACCGCCACCUUAUGAAGAGGCAGUGGCUGCAGCUAGGGCAGAGGCUGCCCUUGCGGUUGCUGUUGCAGCUGGAAGCUUGGGGACCACUACUGUCGGAGCCGGAGCUGUUACGAGUGGACUUGGUACAGGCCAUCGAACAAUACCUAUCAACUUGGCCACCAGUGGCAGCUUCCGCAUCGAAACAGCACCUGUGCCGGCAGUUCCUGUGACUGAGGCUGGUGUAUCCAGACCUGCAGCUGAGGCACCACCUGCUGCUCCAACAGCAGCACCACGGCGUCAGCGUCCUUCAUCCUCUGUAGCGGGAAAUACAGAAAUGACUGGUGCCCAAUCUGUUCAUGCACGUUUGGUCGAACAAGGUUCUAGCCAGCCGAUGCCAUCCAGCCGCUCAGAAGACGUCAUACGCUCGGAUGUCUUCUAUGAGGAUGUGUUAGUGGGACCACCAUCAGCUCUUGCGUCAGUUGAGAGUUUCAAUCCAAGGAACAGUGUUGCUGCAGCAGUUCCGGUCUCAUCAUUACAAGUCCUCCCUCCACCUCCUGAGGAGAGACCCACUUCUCCUGAAACACGUCCACGACUUGAUGAUGUUGGCAAGGGUCCGUCACUAGACAGCACUAACACAGCUUGUAGCUGCUCUUUCCAGUGCCUGCCACCCCCUCCAGUACUACCAACAGACGAUAAUGACGAUUAUCGCAGUGAGUGUGAGAACUGUAAGAGUACUCCCCACGGGUCCAGUUAUUACCUGGAUGAGGAAGGGGAAGGUGAUGCUCCACAGCAAGAGACUAUGACGCUUCAUCGGCGGCCAGAACAUGAUGAAACAGCUGAGCAAAGAGGUUAUUACCGUACAUCACUCACACUCCCUACAAAUACCCGCAGGACAAGAACUGGAUCCAGUGGUGCACCUCUCCAUGGCACAAGGGAGAAUUGGUUCAGCAGCAUGCCAGCUUCAUCUACAUCAUCUACUUCAUCAGAGGAAGAAUGAAGUUUUCCUCUGUCUAUAAGUGAUUUUUUUCCUUUCUUUAAAGAAAUUUAGUUAUUGCUCAGAGCAGACAGCUGUUUUAAUGCAUUUUAGACAGGUAUUUUCUGAUACUGAACAUUGCUCAAAAGAAGAGUUUUUUACUAUUCUUUUAUCUACUUGAAUGAUUUGGGUCAUCCAGACUGACAGAAACAAUUGUAAACAUUGUGAAGUGUAUUUAAAGACAGUUAAAUGAACUGUUAAUUGGAAACGGAUAAUAGUGCUAGACAUGCUCAAUACCCAAUAAUGACGAAUUUGGCAGAAACUUCACUUAACUCAGAGUUUUAGAUUUGAAUAUGGCCCUCUAAAGAAGAAAUGAAAUGUUUUUAAGGUAUGGGCACAGUUCAUCAACAGAAUUUUCUUCAAAUUUGAGGCUCACCUUGCUCAGUGUUUUACUGUGGUCCAUUAGUAAUUUGCAGUCAAAUGCCAGUUGUUGAUGUAAGACAGACUAAAUUGUUGCAUUAUCUGACCUGCAAAUAAAAUCCUUGAUUUCAGGAACUACUUUGUAAUUGGAACCUGAUGACGAGGUUUCUAAAAUAAAGCAUUGAUGGUUCUUCAACAGCUUGUCACUCAACAUUGGUGCCAGGAUACUGGUAUCAUUGGUUGUUUGUUACAUUGCAGUGAUGGCAGUAGCAAUCAUUGCUGUUAAUCAUCCAGAAAAUUAAUGUACGUCUUUGUAGCAUGGACAUUUUGGUAACAGUUGCUCUCAUUUCUGUAUGAUGCAAAGCUGUCUGCAACUUCUAAUGCAUUUUUAACAUUUCAUAAAAAAACAUAGGAAAAUGUCUACAUCCAGGAUAGUUUAAAAAGUGACAGUUUGUCUAGUGGUGUCAGAAUAGAUGUUUUUGUUAAUAUGUAAAGCAGGUCACCAGUUUUCAUGCAUUUUUAAAAAAUAAAUGCAGAAGUUCCAAUAGUAAUCAUGGAGUGAAUGAAU